AUGAACGUCAUACUGUACAUUACAGUCGCAGCUUGCACGCUUGUUGCGUGCGGUUUCGCAGAUGGAGGCGAGCUACAAUUGGCUGGGAACAAUACUGCAGUUUGCUCUCAUGAAAUCCAGCAACAGAUUGCCAAUAUGUCGAUGGAAGAAAAAAGCCGCGAACUACAAAAGUUACAAGCACAGAACACAUCGGCGCUGCAAAUGAUGAAUACCUUGAGUGGAUAUGCGAGAUGGGAUGAAUUUCUCUGCGACUUACCAAUAAUGGUCACUAAUCUCAGCCAACUGAUGUUGUUCUCGAACGAGCGUGACUUCACACUGUACAAAGAUAAUGUCACCUAUCACUAUAUUCAAAGACCUGAAUCGUUCAGAGCGUCACUUGUACAGAAGAAUGCAAGAAAUCAACAUCUGUUGAACUUACAACUGAAUCGCAUCAAGAAAUUCGCUGUCCAAAAUCGGCAAGUAUGUGAAGACUCGAUCUCCAAGAUCAACGAUACAAUAAAUCUCAUCCACGAACUUCAGAUUGCCACUGUGUCAGCGCAGUCCGAUCAGAAGGACCGACUGAAAUUGCUGACAUUAGAAAGAGAAGCAUUCGAAAGGAAAUUGAAUGCAUCGUCGAGGAAGCUCCAGCUCGUCAAUGAAGAGCUAACAAGGCAACGUGAUAAUGUGAAGCAACGUCAAAAAGAAUACGAAAAAGCACAGCGAAAUGCGGAACCGAACGUGGGUUUGAUAUUACUUUCGGCAGUAGUCGACAUCGUAGAAUUUAUACCUCGACUGAUCUUAGGCACCAUGGGACAUGGUGGCUCGAGCGGUGGAGGACAACAAGGACAAAUGCCACCAAUAAAUCAGCCAGCGCCACUAAAUAUGACUUUCUAUAGGGAAUUAGGUGAUCUCCAAGAGGCAAAGAACAUCACAAAGGAGCUUGGUGAGAUACUGAAUCAAACAAUGAUAAAUAAGCAAACACAAGAUACUAUCGAAUUGUUCAUCGCUGACGUGAUGACCUUCCAAAACUGUUCCCUCAAAAAUUCUCUACUUUCGUUCCUCGAAAAAGUCAGGAUGGCUUACAAGGCUGUCGGCGGAGUGAGUGAAGAGGACAGAUUCAAAAUGUUACAGAAGUUGUUUGAAAUAUCAAAUGAAGUGACCAGUAAGCUGAGCAAAUUCCUUUCUGGGAUGAGUAACGGUCAAACAAUAGUGCUGAAUCAUCGAUUGGAAACGAUGUUCGAGAACUCGGAUGAUACCUACGGACAAAUUAUGGGUCCAAGACUUGAGCAACUCGCAGGUUCAACCAGAAUAUUAAUCAUCGCGCAAGAACAAUAUGAACGGUCGUAUGAGAGGAUGUUACAGGUGAUGGAUGAGAAAAAUAAAUAUUUCGGAGAAGUUCAAACUAUUAACAUUGAGGCAAUCGACUUCAAAUCGAUAUUGAAGGUUAUGAAGCACGGUAUCGAGGUGCUCGGACAUCAUAUUGAGCAAUGGAAAAAUCUUCUGGAGUUCUUCAAAGUAAUCGAGAAUCUAACAAAGUUGGCCAGCGAAGAAACUAGAUUGUUUAUAGAAGGAACAUAUCAAGGCAUCGAGGAUGGUGCAUUGAUGAGCGUUUAUGGAAAUGAUGAUAUCUACAUGGAUAUUCUAUACCAGCACAGUUAUACUACGAUCGACAUUGCCAGGGCACUCAACGAGAUGACUACGACCUACGUGCACGUGUCGAGAAAAUACGUUUUCCCGCAUUUGAACGGCGUCACAGAACUUCUCGCACUUGAAGAUCCCAAAGAGAUUAACGCAGCCUUCAAGAAAGUAGCGGUGGACGCUCAACUGGCAAUGGCUGAGAUUAGAAAGGAACUGAAGGAAGACUAUAUCAAACAACAACAACGAAUGAAGGUUCAGAUUGAUCGAAUUUCGUGCUUUAUGAAUGUACUCAAAGAUGACCCUUCCAUUGAGAAGGCAGUCAAAGAAAACGGCUACGAUGUCGGUAUUAAUGGCUUUUGA